UCUUUUUGUGAUUUUAGCAGCUAUUCCCUCAUUCUCAUUUCAAUACUUACUAUGCCUUAUAGGUUGGCGACAAUGUUCUUAUCAGCUACAGACACACUUUCAAGCCACUUUAACCCAUACUUUUGUCACUGGAGGCCUGAAAAUUCAACUCCAUUCUCACUUUCCUUUGUAUAACGCUGUUCAGAGAUGGAAAUUUCCCUUCCCCUCCCCAUUCGGGGUAGCUGUUACUAUCUUUCUCCUACAAACCACUUGUUAAUGGUCUGUCAUCCUUUAGUUUUCUUUCAUUAACAGUUACCAUUUAUUAAAUUUGUUAGGUUGUUUAUACAUUGACUACAGUCUGAGUGCUUAAGCAGGCAUUGCUUUAGGCGUUUUACAUUUAUCAAUAGUUAUUCUGUGAGGUUAAUAUACUUACACAGAAGGAAGCAGAUGUAAAUACAAGGUAACUGGAGGCCGUGGAAUCAGUCUGCUUAGCUUCACUGUUACCGUUACAAAAUGGGUUCUCACAUCACGUAUGAUGUACAUUUUCACUACUUCUAACCUCACCCUUAAAUACUUUAAAUACCUCACCCUCUCAUCCCACAGGCCGCCCACGUUCCUCUCAUUUUCCUCGAGUCCACCUCUCCCAAGCCAUCACAUCUUGUGUUUUCUCUGACAUACUAGCGUCCUCUUCCUUCUGGAGAUUUUCCUGUUAGCUGACUCUCACUGGGCGGCCAGGCGCAUGCGCAUCGCUCCGCUUUGUAGCGCCACGGGGUCCGACUCCCGACAGCCCCCGCGCGCAGUGCAGGCUGGGGGAACAUGGCCGCUUCCGGUCUCCGAGCCUGCCUGGCGCGGGGCUGACCGCGGCUGCGGCCCCGUGCGCUCCUCCCUCUGCAUCUCGCGCCGGCAGCCGCGGAGGGCGCAGCGGCCUCCAGUUCUCGCGCCAUGGAGAAGAGCUCCAGCUGCGAGAGUCUCGGCGCGCAGCUCCCGGCGGCAAGGCUGCCCAGCGAGGACUCACUGUCCAGUGCUUCCACUUCUCAUUCAGAGAACUCGGUGCAUACCAAAUCAGCUUCUGCUAUAUCAUCAGAUUCUAUUUCAACUUCUACAGACAACUUUUCUCCUGAUUUGAGGGUCCUGAGGGAGGCAAACAAGUUAGCAGAAAUGGAGGAACCAGCCCUGCUUCCAGGAGAGAACAUUAAAGAUAUGGCCAAAGAUGUGACUUACAUAUGUCCAUUCACUGGUGCUGUACGAGGAACGCUGACUGUCACAAAUUACAGAUUAUAUUUCAAGAGCAUGGAGCGGGACCCCCCAUUUGUUCUAGAUGCUUCUCUUGGAGUGAUAAGUAGAGUAGAAAAGAUUGGUGGUGCAUCUAGCCGAGGUGAAAACUCUUAUGGCCUGGAAACUGUGUGCAAGGAUAUCAGGAACUUACGAUUUGCUCAUAAACCGGAGGGGCGAACAAGAAGAUCCAUAUUUGAGAAUCUAAUGAAAUAUGCAUUUCCUGUGUCUAAUGGCUUGCCUCUUUUUGCUUUUGAGUAUAAAGAAGUAUUCCCUGAAAAUGGGUGGAAACUGUAUGACCCCCUUCUAGAGUACAGAAGGCAGGGAAUUCCAAAUGAAAGCUGGAGAAUAACAAAGAUAAAUGAACGCUAUGAACUCUGUGACACUUAUCCUGCCCUCUUGGUUGUGCCAGCAAACAUUCCUGAUGAGGAGCUAAAGAGAGUGGCAUCCUUUAGGUCACGGGGCCGGAUCCCAGUUUUAUCCUGGAUUCAUCCUGAAAGUCAAGCCACAGUCACUCGCUGCAGCCAGCCCAUGGUUGGAGUGAGCGGGAAGCGCAGCAAAGAGGAUGAGAAGUACCUUCAGGCCAUCAUGGACUCCAAUGCCCAGUCUCACAAAAUAUUUAUCUUUGAUGCUCGGCCAAGUGUCAAUGCUGUUGCCAAUAAGGCAAAGGGGGGAGGUUAUGAAAGUGAAGAUGCCUAUCAAAAUGCAGAACUCGUUUUUCUGGAUAUUCAUAAUAUCCAUGUUAUGAGAGAAUCAUUACGGAAGCUUAAGGAGAUAGUGUACCCCAACAUUGAGGAAACUCACUGGUUGUCUAACUUAGAAUCUACACACUGGCUGGAACACAUUAAGCUCAUUCUUGCAGGGGCUCUUAGGAUUGCUGACAAGGUCGAGUCUGGGAAGACAUCUGUGGUGGUGCACUGCAGCGAUGGAUGGGAUCGCACAGCUCAGCUCACUUCCCUGGCCAUGCUCAUGUUGGAUGGAUACUACCGAACCAUACGAGGAUUUGAAGUCCUUGUGGAGAAAGAAUGGCUGAGCUUUGGACAUAGAUUCCAACUAAGAGUUGGCCAUGGAGAUAAGAACCAUGCUGAUGCAGACAGAUCACCUGUUUUCCUUCAGUUUAUUGACUGUGUCUGGCAAAUGACAAGACAGUUCCCUACCGCGUUUGAAUUCAAUGAGUAUUUUCUCAUUACCAUCCUGGAGCACUUGUACAGCUGUUUAUUUGGAACAUUCCUUUGUAACAGCGAGCAGCAGAGGGGGAAGGAGAAUCUUCCUAAGAAGACAGUGUCACUGUGGUCCUAUAUAAACAGCCAGCUGGAAGACUUUACUAAUCCUCUUUAUGGAAGCUACUCCAAUCAUGUCCUUUACCCAGUAGCCAGCAUGCGCCACCUAGAGCUCUGGGUGGGGUAUUAUAUAAGGUGGAACCCCCGGAUGAAACCUCAGGAACCUAUCCACAGCAGAUACAAAGAACUUCUUGCCAAAAGAGCAGAGCUUCAAAGAAAAGUAGAGGAACUUCAGAGAGAAAUUUCCAACCGCUCAACCUCCUCUUCAGAGAGAGCCAGCUCUCCUGCACAGUGUGUGACUCCUGUCCAAACUGUUGUAUGAAAGGACUAGGCCCGAGGGGGGGGGGGCGCCUCAUUGCCAGGAACCUGACAUUCCAGCACCUUAUGGGUAGAAAGCCUCCGUGUUUAAAACCCAUCUAUUGGAGAAUCCUUCAGAUGCUGUAUUUAUCUCAAAUCUCUCUUAGAUGAGUUUAGAAACAUAGCAGUGCAAGUGACAAUGAAGAUGAUCUCAUUCAUAAUUAAAGUAUGACACUAACCUUAAGUCACCCAAAGAGUACUAAAGUACUGCAGUCCUGUAUUCACACUGGGAGCAAGUUUUUCAUUUAAAAAUGUCUUAAAACCCUGAGCACCUGGUCAGAUCUCCAGGAGGGGAGAAAAGCAAGGCCACCUGCUGUUGCACCUGAGAGCACACGCUUGUGUCAGAUCCAAAUAUUCCUUUCUCAGUUUCCCCAAGUUUUGUGAUAUUUAAUAUAGUAAAAAGCAUUGUCUUGACAUUAUUAUGGCAUAGUAGUAGUUUUUUGCUGCUGACAUUGUAAUGAACAUAUUUUCAACAGCAAUUAGGAAACAAUGCCUUAUAUAUGUGCUUUGGGGGGUUAAAGUAGUAGCUGUCAUCUAUUCCAUUUGUAUAUUGAUCACAAACAUCACAGAAGACAUCUUAAAACCUUACUGUUACUCUACUUUAUCUUAAUGCUAUUUGGCAAGUUUUAAGACAGUAUUUUAAAAACUUAGAAGUCUGACUUUAUGUGCUGUUUAAAUCUCACAUGGACACUUUACCAAAGAACACUCUGCAUGUGAGUUGGUCUCAGUGCCAUCAAGUAAAGCCUUGCUUCUCUGCUCACCCGAGUCCGGUGCUGGUGUGAACAGUUGACUCCUGGUGUCUGUUUUACUCUGUACAAGAGCCAUAUGUAAUGUACUGUAACAAACGAGCUUACCACUUGGUCUUUUAAUUAAAUGACUUCAAACUUUG